CACCAUGUCUGAAAACGAAUUCAUAAAACCAAAUGUAGUCGACAGUGAUGAUGACGAUGAUACAGUUUGCUUGGGCGAAUCUUUCUUCAUAGAUGACAACUAUGAGCUUACUACGUUUACAUUUGGGCCACAUGUCCUUCAACUUCUUUGUCUCCAAUCAUCUUCGACUGAUUUCGAUUUAACUGGACAGUUAGUAUGGCCUGGUGCAAGGCUGUUGAAUGAAUACCUUUCAAAUAACGUUGAGCUGCUACAAGGUUGUUCUGCUGUAGAAUUAGGAUCUGGUGUAGGUGUUACAGGCAUACUUUGCAGCAGAUUUUGUCAUAAAGUCGUGCUUACAGAUCAUAAUGAUGAAGUCCUCAAGAUCUUGAAGAAAAACAUAGAUCUUCAUGUAUCUUCUGACAACCCUAGUUCAUGUUCUGCUUUAAGUUCAGAGAAACUAGAAUGGGGAAACACUGAUCAACUUAACCAAAUAAUACAAAAGCAUCCGGAAGGAUUCGAUCUUAUUCUUGGAGCUGACAUCUAUAUCCUAUCAUUUCUAUCAUUUCUUUCUAUUAGAAAAUUUGUUCCUCCACUCUUUGACACUGUGAAAGAGCUUCUUUCUCAACAUGGGAAAAAGCAAUGUAGGUUCAUAUUGGCUUAUGUCUCACGUUCUAAAAUGAUGGAUGCAAUGGUACCCAAAGAAGCGGGUAAUCACGGGCUAAAGAUCCAUGAAGUUGAUGGGACCCGAUCAGUGAUUGGAAAUCAUGAGGGGGUUAUAUAUGAGAUAACCCUUUAGAAACUUAGAAAAAUUAAUUAAAUAUGAUUCUUUGAUAAUUCAUAAUUGUGUGG